AUGCAUCUGAAGAACCUUCCGACCGCGGAGCCGGAGGUGACUGCACCUGUGCUGUCUCGGGUUCCAGCCCCUACCUUGGAUCCUGUUCCUGUCCGGGCUCUGGCUCCUGCUCCAGCUCCAGCUCCUGUCCCGGCUCCAGCUCCUGUCCCGGCUCCAGCUCCUGUCCCGGCUCCAGCUCCUGUUCCGGCUCCAGCUCCUGUCCCGGCUCCAGGCUUUGCCGUUGCUGAGCCUCCAGUCCUUGACCAGACCCGUGCUCCAGCCUCUGCCCGCUAUCCUGGUCUGGCUCCUACCUUUUCUCGGCCUCCUCUUCCUUUCUCUUCCCUUUCUCGAGCCCGCCUGGGUGCUCGGGCCCAGACUCCUGCUGGGGCUUCAGUCCAGUCCCAAGCAGCAGCUGUAGCUACUCCUGAGCCCCAGCCUACUAUUACUGAUGCUGCUGCAGUGGAAGGUGCCUCUUCCUCCUCAGGGGCUGCAGAGGGGACCUUGACAGCUUCCUGUAAACCCAAGACCAAUCUGAUCGUCAAUUACCUGCCACAGAGCAUGACCCAAGAGGAGUUCCGCAGCCUGUUCGCCAGUGUGGGUAAGAUCCGGUCUUACAGAUUAAUGAGGGACAAGAUGACCGGCCAGAGCCUAGGCUAUGGCUUUAUUAACUAUGUGGACCCCAGGGAUGCAGAAAAAGCUGUCUGCUUGCUGAACAGGCAUCAGUGCCCCCCCAAAACCAUUAAGGUAGCCUAUUGUAGGCCCCAUUCAUCCUCCAUCCAAGAUGCCAAUCUCUACAUCAGUGGCCUGCCUAAGGAUAUGACAGAGAAGGAGCUAGAACAGCUCUUCUCUCCCUUUGGGCACAUCGUAGCAUCAAGAAUCCUGAGAGACAGGGUUAGUGGGGCCUCCUGGGGUGUGGGCUUCAUCCGCUUUAAUAUGAAAUCAGAGGCUGAGGAAGCCAUCAAGGCCCUCAAUGGCCAGAAGCCCUGCAGUAUGGUGGAGCCCCUCACGGUUAAGUUUGCUCAUCACCAGACCCAGAAGACCCCUCAGAGCCUGCUGGGUCAGCCUCCCCAGCACUACCAGGGGCCGCUACAGCCUCAGACCUUGAGAAUGGGGCCAGACAAUUUGUUCAACAUGACCUGUGGAGUCCAGCACUUCUCACCCUCCUCUUUUGGUAUGACCAGCCUGGUCACCUUCCCAGGCUACACCAACAAUGGCAGUGGCUGGUGUAUCUUUGUCUAUAACUUAUCCCCUGAAUCUGAUGAGAGUGUCCUUUGGCAGCUUUUCGGGCCCUUUGGAGCAGUGAACAGCGUCAAGAUCAUCCGAGAUGUCAACACCAAUAAGUGCAAAGGUUUUGGCUUCGUCACUAUGACCAGCUAUGAUGAAGCAGCCUUGGCUAUCGCCUUUCUGAAUGGUUACCGCCUUGGUGGGCGUGUGUUGCAGGUUUCCUUUAAGACCAACAAAAUUCACAAGGCUUGA